CAAGAAAGCAGAAGGAGACCAGUAAAUUUCACGUGACGAGAACAUUCAAUAACAACAACGAAAUGGGACCGAAGGCACUUUUUUGUGCGUUGUUCUUGCUUUUCACCUUGGUGAAAUCACAGAAAUUUCUAAACCCAGAGCAGAUUCACUUGGCUUACGGAGUUGACCCAUCUCGUAUGGUAGUAACAUGGAGUACAAUGAACGAAACACAAACAACUGUUGCCAUGAUUGGCCCGGCAGUCAAAGGAAAGCAGUUAAGUGCAAUGGUUAAUGGUAGCAGCACAAAAUUUGUAGACCCUGGCACUGAGCACCAUACACAGUACAUCCACCGAGUAGAAUUCAGAGGGCUUGAACCUGGGGCACCUUAUUUGUAUAGAGUUGGCAGUUCAGUAGAGGAUAUAUGGAGUGACACAUACAGCUUUAAAACAAUGAAGGAAGGUACUGACUGGUCUCCUCAUAUCGCCUUGUAUGGAGAUUUUGGUUACUCAAACAGUCAGUCUCUCAAACGUCUGAUGCUGGACAAUGAUGAAGGCUUGUACGAUUCUAUAUUUCAUGUUGGUGACAUGGCAUAUGAUAUGGAUUCGAACAAUGGCCGUGUUGGUGAUGAGUUUAUGAACAUGAUACAGCCUCUUGCAGCUUGUUUACCUUACAUGACAUGCCCCGGUAACCAUGAAUAUAAAUAUAAUUUCACACACUACAAAAAUCGAUUCACAAUGCCAACAGAUGAGAAUGGUGAGAAGAUGUUUUACAGCUUUGACAUUGGUCCAGCUCAUAUUAUAUCCAUCUCAACAGAGUACUAUUUCUAUUUACAAUAUGGAAUCACUCAAGCAUUCAGACAGUACUACUGGCUCCUUGAAGAUUUAGAGAAAGCAAAUAAAAAAGAAAACCGUGAAAAGAGACCAUGGAUUAUUGUAAUGGGUCAUAGACCAAUGUACUGUUCUAACAGUGAUCAAGAUGACUGCACUAGAGACCACUCCUGGGUAAGAGAUGGUAUACCAUAUUUUGACACCUAUGGUCUUGAUGAUGUACUCUUCAAGUAUGGGGUGGAUCUUGGUGUUUGGGCACAUGAACAUUCCUAUGAGAGACUUUGGCCUGUGUACAAGCACAAGGUUUACAAUGGUAGCUUGAAUGAACCUUACACAAAUCCUAGAGCACCUGUUCAUAUCACUACAGGAUCUGCAGGGUGCCAGGAGAUUCAUGAUCACUUCAAGAAGGAGCAACCAUUCUGGUCUGCAUUCCGUAGUGAUGACUAUGGUUAUACUAGGAUGAAGAUAUUCAACAAUACACAUCUCUAUCUGGAGCAGGUCUCUGAUGAUAAGAAUGGUACAGUGAUUGACAAGAUAAUGAUCAUCAAAGACAAGCAUGGACCAUUCCAUCUUAGUUAAAGACUCCAGGCAUAAACAGCGAGAGAUGACUGAAAAGAAUCUCAAACUUUGACCAAUUAUUUCUGUGAUGUUUCCAUAUUGCUUUUUUUACAAAAAAAAAUUAAAAUGAAAAGAAAUCCAACCAACAUUAUAAACAUUGCAAUAAAAGAUUAUUAUUUCACCAAUUGUUAUACUUAAGAUUUUCUUGUAUUAGUGAGUUAUUAUCUGUAUAAAUUAUGUUAUAUAUAUAUGAUAAACAGUGAAAAAUUAGAGGAUAUGUAUGUUAUGCUGUGAGUUUAUUUUAAAAAUUUUUUGAGUGAUAAGAUAUUUUGCUAGAUUUGCUAAAAUUUUCAUAUGAGUUGGUUUAGUAUGUACAAUAUGACAUAAUAUCAAAUUCAUGUUCGAAUAUUUUUUUGACAUAACAUUCCUUAUUCCCUUAUAUUCCCUUAUACACACAUAUACGUUUGUUAUGUUUAUAACUAGAGUAAUUUUUUAGUGAUUUUCAAAAAACAAAAAACCAACGGCUUUUUGAUUAUCAAAAAGGUCAACAACAGCAUAUAGUUUUAUCUAUCAUUGGGAUAAUAUUGUUGUUUUUUUUGUAACUUUCAGGUUAAAUUUUGAAUAUUUCAGAGACCAUUUAUUUUCCAAAACUGGAAAGAGUUUAUUAAAGUGAAAUAUCAAUUUGUGAUGUGUUUCUCCUAUGUAAGUGGGAUUAAUAAGAGAUUAUAAGUGUUUUUUAAGGUUGUUCAAGACAUGUUUUUACUUAAAGUUGUUUAAGACAGGUUUUAGACAAUUUUUGGACAAAUUUUCACCAUGGAAACAUAAAUUUUUGGCAAAGGUGGAUUUGUACUUAAGUAUGAGCAGUUUGAUUAUGUUUGCAGUUUGAUAAUGUUUUGUACUUCAAACUUUUAUAGGUUAAUAUUGGUAAGAGUUUCAAAUUUUUAAAUAACAUUUUCAAUCUGAAAGAUAUGGUUCAUGCUCCCUUAAUUGUAAAGAACAAUUGUAAACAUUCCUAGUUAAAUGUUACAUAUGUGUUAUUAUUAUAGUAUUAUGUAAUUGUGAUACAUUUGGUAAAUUAAGAGAGGAUUGUUACCUUUUCUUUGUGUAUAAUUCACUGUAUUGUCACUUCGUUACUGAACAAUACUCUAGAAAUCAUAUACUUUAUAUGUGAGACUGGUGAGACUUGAGCUUUCUAUUAUAAAUUAAUAAAAUAAAUAUUAUUUAAACAGAUAACAAUAUUUUAGAGGAUUUGUAAAUAUUUGAUAAUGAUACAGUCAGUAUGAACAAUUUCAAAUGGUAGAUGAUGUUGUCAACUUGUCACCCUUUUGUGACCAUGAUUUUGUAUCCUAAUGCUUUUUUACAGUGGAAGUCUUAAACACUAUAUUGCAUCUUGUUCAACCACUAUGCUUUUUUGAAAAUUGCUGAUACAUGAAAUUUUCUUUUAUACGUAAAAAAAUCAGGUGUUUACUUAAAUCAGACUUCUCACUAGACUAUGAGACAUAAUCAAAGUAGAUAGAAUCUAGGGCACACAGCUAUAAUAUACUUUUUGUGAUCUAUAUCUGUGCAAGAACACUAAUGCUUUUGUGAAAUGUGUAUGGUCUAUCAUUGUAAUCAAAACUAUAGAUUUGUUUAAUUAUAAAAAUGAAAUAAGAAAGAUAUUCUCUUGUAUGUACAUGUGUAUUUAUAUGAUAUACAAAUGUCUUACUUCAGAUCCAGAGAAAUUCUAAUACAUUUUAACAUAGUACAGGAACAUGAAGACAACAACCAGUCCUGAAUGAAUUGUGAUCUUUUAGUUUAGUAAUUAUUUGAACUAGCACAAACACAGCACACCUCGGAAUAUAUGUACAUAGUUCUUAAGUGGGUAAAGUGAAAAUAAUGAAAUGAUUUAACUAAGCCCAAGUUACUUUCUGUCCACAAAAUAAUACUUAAAACCUGUUGAAAUAUGCAGAUGUAGCCCUUACUUUUAUAAGUGACAGAAUAGAAAUAAGUUUAGGUGUGCUGUUUUAAGAAGUAUGACAUAACUUUUAUGUAGUUUUCACAAGAAAAAAAGAAAGAUUUUUUUUAUACCUUACCAUUUGCAUCUUUUGUAACAGUUACUGUGUCAUUGAAUUUGCUUUUAUACUUGCUUGGAUUUUUGUUGUUUUUGUUUUGUUUUUGGAUCUGAUAAUCCAUAAUUUUUGUAAAGCAACUUUAUCUUUUUCUGUAUGGAUACUCAUUGCUUCAUAAGUCACAGUUAACGCAAUUUCUUUUUUUACUCAGCAAUGUUUAAUUUUAUUUAGUAUUUAAUAAAGGCUGUCUUGCCAAUCAAUAGCUAAACUCAACACGUUUCCAUUCUUUCCAUUCUUUGUAUUUUCAUACUUUAAGAUUCUCAGUUUUAUAUUGUACAUUUUAAAGGAAAUAAUCUCAGUGUUGAUAUAUUAUUUAUUAAUUAUUUUAUGAAAUAAAAUCAAAUGUCUGUGCACUAUACAUGUCCAUGUGAACUUUUUAACAUGAAUCGUUGACUGCUCAGAUAAAUUUAUCAGGUCUAUACACAGUUCAGAUAUUACAUGUAACAAACUUCUUUUGGUAAUUAAAGUGUAUACUGUAAACCUUCGAAAUAUUUCUUAUUGCUUUAAAACAUGUAUGUUGAUACAUUAUGAUUAAAUUCUCCCAUCUGAUAAUCAGUUUCAGUUUCUGUAUCUUUCUUCACUGGUCACAUUGGUAGAAUCUGUUACUGCCAGCAAGCUAAAGGUUAAUAUUUGUACACUAAUGAUGGUGUAACUUUAACUCCCUACAUUCCUCCACACAUAAAAAUACAAUACAAUUUAUAUGCAUGUUCAUGUAUGAAAAAGAAUAUUGAACAUGUUUUUGUGCACAGACAAAUGAUUACAAAAAAUACACACUGUUUUUAUAUACAUAAAGUACUUGUAUUUCGGGUUUUUUCCCCCCAAAUUACCAAAGAACUCAGUUUAGGUGUUAAAUAUUUAUAUCUUACAGUUUGAUUUUGAUUAAAGCAACAGAGUUAGAUUUCGAUUAAAGCAACAAAUAGAUUUUUUAUAUCAUUAAUGAAAACAUAAAAGUAAGGCAUAAUACUAAUAACCAUGUACAUGUUCUCCUGUCUAUAACUGUUGUUAAUAAAAAGUUUAUUUUCUA